UGGUUUAACACACACACACACACACACUUCUUUCAGAUUAUGUUCUACCUUUCACACACAUUCUGUAUCAGGUAGCAGGAGGGUCAGGAGCAGGAUGGAAGCAGAAGGAAACAGUCUAGUGUGUUCCAGCAGCCUGGAUCAGAAUGGCACUGUGGAGAACAAUCCAGCUCCAGACAUGGAGAAGAUCCAGAAAAGUUCACUGGAGGAACCGGGAGAAAGUGCAGGUCGGCGAGAGGACAGGUGUGUGUUCGAGGACGACGUGCUGUGUGACUCGUGCAUUGAAAGUCCAUGCAAAGCCAAGAAGUCUUGUCUGACCUGCCUGGUGUCCUACUGCGAGGAUCAUCUGAGGCCACAUCUGGAGAAGGAGAAGUUUCAGAGCCACCGGCUGGUGGAGCCGCUGAAGGACGUGGACACGCGCAUGUGUGAGACACACAACAUCCCUCUGGAGCUGUACUGCUGCGUGGAAAGCUGCUGUGUGUGUCAGAAAUGUGUGUGUGAGGAACACCACGGACAUGAAACCCUGUCCAUUCCAGAGGCACGCCAGAAACUGGAGAAGGAGCUCCAGGAUAAACAGACUGAUCUGCUGAAGACCAUGACAGCAGCUGAGAACUCCAUCAACAAACUGCAGAGCUGCACUCUCUCUGUAGAGGCAUGUGUGUGUGAGGUGCGGGCUGUGCUCCAACAGCAGGUGAGUGCUCUGCAGGUGGGGGUGGAGGAGGUGAGGGCGGAGCUCACCAAGAUGCUGGAGGCGGAGCAGAAACACACACUGGGGCAGGUGGGCGGAGCUCGGCUGUGUGUGGAGCAGCACUGUGCUGAGCUGAAGAAGGAACACACACACCUGGAAAAUCUCAACAAGAACAAGAACAGCAUUGACUUUCUGCAGGACUACUCUCAGUGGAGGAAGACGAGCCCAGAUGUGUCUCUGCCUGAGGUGUGUGUUACUCAGACAGAUCGUCUUCAGUCGUUCAGCCGCAUCAUCACACAAACCACGCAGGAGCUGUGUGACACACUGAUCACAACAUACCGCAACUCACUCACAGAGUUCAACACAACCGAUAAUAGAGUGGAUCAGCUCAGUGUUAAUCCCCUCAGUCCUCUACAGCAGAACUGCACACUCCCCGAGCCGCAGAGCAGAGACCACUUCCUCAAGUAUGCGUCUCCGUUAAUGUUUGAUGGCGACACGGUGCAGCAGUUCCUGCGUGUCACUGAGAGAGGCAGGAAGUUAACCAACACCACACCCUGGCAGCAUGGCUACCCCGAGCACCCCGAGCGCUUCCAGCACUGGAAGCAGGCGCUAACAGCUCAGAGCUUCUCCUCGGGGCGCCAUUACUUUGAGACGGACGUGAGCGGCGCGGGGGUUCACGUGGGCGUGACCUACGUUGGGAUCCCACGCCACAGUGACCAAAACGAGGCAUGUCUCACGGGCAGCAGCACCUCCUGGUGUAUUCAGUGGAGCGGGCGUGGCUUCUCGGCCUGGCACUGUGGCAUGGAAACCCCCCUGAAUGCCCCCAAGAGCACUAGGCUGGGUGUGUACGUGGAUUUCGGGAGUGGCGCCGUGGCGUUUUACAGUGUGGGUGGAGAAGCAGAAGGAGGGAUGGAGCUGCUGCAUCGCUAUGAGGUGGAGCUGAGAGAGCCGCUCUACGCCGCCGUGUUCCUCCCGAAGAAGGAGAAUGUUGUGGUGCUGGUGGAACCGGGAGAGGAACUUCCCCUCAAGAGUCCCUCACCUCCCUGUUCUCCACCCUGAUCAACACUGUUCUCAUUAUCAUAGCGGUCACUGACGAUUUAACGCCUCGUCCUCACACAUACACACAUCUCUGGAAAUAGUCUUAGCCUGGUUCCUCGUUUUAGAUCCUUCUCAUCCACACAAAUGAAGAAACAUGACCAUCAGACCAUGUUGUGAUGUCACACCCUUCCUCAAACAAACGCUUCUUCUCAAAGGAACCCUCUGUGUCGUGUGGACGAGGUUCUAAAUCCACCUGAAACCUUUCUGUCAGGAUAAACACCGGGACUGAGGAGGAGAUGGAGAGAACACAACAUCUGGAUUUGUACUUGAGGGAAUCUUCAGACCCUGUGAUCAGGUGAUCAGGUGCUUCAUUGUGUCUGUGCUGUGAGGGAUUAAAAAAAACCCAAGAACUUCCUGUU